AGCUGGGUAGCAGCUGGAACAAAACAUAAGACGCAUGCAAAUGCAAAGCAGAGGAUUCUCAGGCGAGACGCAAAGCAUUGGCUUUUUCUGGAAUCGUUGGUUAGAGUUUUCUGAGUAACCAAACAGGAAAUCCUGGGAGCCAAUGAGGAUUUCCACCACCAUGUUAUCCCCUAUCAGAUGCCCUGGCAAGCCCUCCGCUCUCUUUUGCUUCUCGCCAUUCAAACCCCAUAAUAUUGUUUCUAUCAAGAAAUCAUCUUUUCUCGAUAUUCCGGUCUCAGUCAAGCAACACCGAUAUCUCUGCAUGUCUUCGAGUGCUCGAUCAGAUGAUGGAUCUCAGAAAUCAUCGAUUCAGGGAGGGGAAGCAUUUUUCAGGAGCGUUUUGGAAGGAAUGCAAUCAGUGUAUUUGAGUAGAAACCCCACAGCGAAGGCCAUCUUGGACCUUGUUGAAUCUGCUGACAAGAGUCAAAUAUGCUAUGACCAUCUGGCAUUCAGGACAUUUGGGGUGAAUGGUUAUGGCAUUGACUCGAUGGCUAGUUUUUUUCUGGAUUAUGGCUAUACACCUCAGGAGGAGCUGAGGUUUCCAGUUAAAAAGCUGAAAGCACUGUGGUUUUCUCCUCCUAGAAACUCAUUUCCUGGAAGUGGCAGUGGUAUUUAUGGGCCUUUGCCAAGAGUUUUCAUUUCAGAGUUACUUGUAGACCAGAUGAGUCCACAAGCUCAGGAAAUAAUCACAAGAUAUACCAGUACUUGUGGUAACGGACACAAGUAUGCGGCUUUAGCGAGUUCUCUUGGAGUUUUAGCAUGGGACAAGCCCUCGUAUUCUGAAUUUCAAACAUUGGCAAGCGAAAGCGAGUAUGCUGCAUGGACCCUAGUCAAUGGAUAUGCCCUGAACCAUGUUACUAUUUCCACUCAUCGACUGAAGUCACAUUUGAGAAAUAUAAAGGAUCUGAACCAGUUUAUUGAGGAUAACAAUCUCAGAUUGAAUUCUGAAGGAGGAGUCCUGAAAGUGAGCCCUGACGGUCUUCUCUUGCAAAGCUCAACUGUGGCUGAUUCAACCGAUUUCCAGUUCUCUGAUGGUAUAACCAAAUCUGUUCCUCGCUCUUACAUCGAAUUUGCUGAGCGCCUUGUACUUCCCCAAUACAGAAAUUUGCCUGACUCAGAGGUAAAAGAGUAUCAUAGAAGGGAUGGCUUUGAGGUUGGAAAUGCUGAUAAGAUCUUUGAAAGCACAUCCAAGGUGCAGUUAAGCAGAACUGGUUCAUAAGAUGACCAAGCAACAUGUGCCCUUUAUAACUUUCCUUAGGGGAAGUGUAAGGGAAAUUUAUAUCUGGACAGUCUAGGUUAAAUGCUUGUAUACGAGGGAAAUUAUAUCUGGACGGUCUGUAGUUCAUCUGGGUUCUACCUGUAAAAGUGUGUGAAAAUAUGGGUAUAUGUUUGUAAUAUUUGCAGUUGUUCCUAAUCAAUGUUUGCACCUACUUAAGUUCAUAGAAGAAAUGGCAAGUCUCACGAUUCCUUUUUGGCAA